AAUAAUAUAACGCAUAUAGUUCAUGAUAUGAUAGCAUUAAAACUAAAACCGCCUGAAUGUGUUGUAUCUUGGGUGUUGGCUGUUUUCAGUGGCACUAUCUCUGCUGGCUUUGUUAUAAGGGUUAGGGUACAAAGCCGGGAAUAGUACAUAAGGAGCGGCUCGCCUCCCGUAGAACCAUACCGUAUCACAUACGCACACGAAGCCCUCAUCUUGACAGUUUCCAUCGACUGUCAGUUCCAUUCGUUGUGUCCGACUCAAAAAUUACUUGUUGGACAGCAAUUGUGUUAUUUUCUUCUGUUUUUCUCUUCUAGAACUCCCACUGCAUCUUUUGAUCAAUUCUUUUAAUUGAGCGUCAUGACUGGUUUCUUCCCCAGCAUUUUCUCUGCCUUUGUGGCAUUCUCCGCCUUCACGUCUGGUGUUCUCGCCAUGCCCGUGGAGGGUGGUAUUCGUAAUUUGGUCAAGCGCCGCGGCUUCAAGCCGUCUGCCGGUGCUGAACGCUUUGAAGGAUUUGCUUCCGCCGACUCGGCCCCUCUUCUUUCUUCUUCCAACGCCGAUACUACCGGCUUGGAGUCCGAGUACAUUGUCUUGCUCCAACCCAACACCGAAGCCGAUAGCGUUCAUCGACACCUUCAAUGGGUGAAAGACCUUAGUCGCGAGGAUGCCGAGAUGCGUGCUGUCGACGCUUCUUUGGAUGGCAUUGACGUGAUGAGCUCCGUUAAGCACGUUUAUGAUUUGAGCGACCUUGGUUUCCAAGGAUACUCUGGUCGUUUCAGUUCCUAUGUACUCGAACAAAUUCGUCAACAUCCUGAUGUUGCCAUUGUUGAGCGUGAUCAAGUUGUCCGUGUUCAGGACCAGAUCCAACAAUCAAACGCUCCUUGGGGCCUCGCUCGCAUUUCCCAUCGUGAGACGUUGGAUGCUGAUACUUUGACCAAAUACGAAUACGACAGCAGUGCUGGCGAGGGAGUCGAGGUCUACAUUAUCGACACUGGUAUCAACACCAACCACACUGAAUUCGAAGGCCGUGCCGUUUGGGGCAAGACCAUCCCUACUGGUGAUGCAGAUGUUGAUGGUAACGGUCAUGGAACCCACGUUGCCGGUACUGUUGCCUCAAGAGCCUAUGGUGUCGCCAAGAAGGCUAAGGUCAUUGCCGUCAAGGUUCUUCGCUCUAACGGUUCGGGCACUAUGUCUGACGUUAUUUCCGGUAUUGAAUGGGCUGUGAAGGAUUACAUUCGCAAACUUGUGAAGGGCAAGAAGAACACUUCUAUUGCCAACAUGUCCCUUGGUGGUGGUCGUAGUAUCAUCCUUGACUUCGCUGUUGACGUUGCUGUCCGUUCUGGUGUUUCGUUUGCCGUUGCUGCGGGUAACGAGGAUGACGAUGCUUGCUAUUCCUCCCCUGCCGCUUCAAACCUCGCAAUCACUGUUGGUGCUUCGACCAUCAAUGAUGCUCGUGCCUACUUCUCCAACUAUGGUGACUGUGUUGAUGUCUUUGCCCCCGGUUUGAACAUUCUUUCUACUUGGAUCGGUUCCAAUGUUUCCACCAACAUCAUCUCUGGUACCUCGAUGGCCACUCCUCACAUUGCUGGUUUGGCUGCUUAUCUUGUCGGUUUGAAUGACACUUUGUCUGUUUACGAUAUCAAGGAUCUUAUCCUUGACUUGGCUACCAAGGAUGUUCUUUACGAUAUCCCUGCCGACACCCCUAACCUGCUUGCCUACAAUGGAAUCAGCGCCUAAGUAGGUAUCGACGGCGAUUCAUGAAAUGUAUAUAAUGAUGACUGCUCUCUCAUGUGCCUUACUGAUGUUUCAUAUUUUUAACAAUAAUCUCAACGUUAGGAAAUGGUGACCAAACUCUUUCAAUCGUUCACUCUAACUGUUGCCUUAUGAUUUUUAACGUUGUCACAAUAAAUUACCAUUUUCUAUUAAUAACUUAACAAAACGAUAAUCGUUGACAGAGAUGGGAUGAGGUGC